CCCCUCUCGUUGGACAGCUGUAAAAUGAUCUGAUUUCAGUCCUUUCGGAAAAAAUGGUGCUUCUUUGAAAGACCUUCUGCCACCACAGACAACAGGAUCGCAGCUUUACAAUCUACACCAGUGAAGAUUUUAGGCCUAGUUCAAAGGAUAUACCAAAGAGUCUGUGUUCCAGCAUGUCUGUGGUCAAAAUCCUGUGCUGCUUGCUCUUAAUGAUUCACCUCAAUGAGGCGAAGAAAAUCAAAGGAAACAGAGCAGGUGCAGUGGUCACAGAGCAGAGGAGCGUCCCGAACGUGAAAGGGCCAUAUGUCAGCAGUUCAGUGUUCAGGCUGUUUUUGGGAGGAGAGGACACCUGCACACUGGACCCUCUGCAGCUGCACACCAUCACCUCCUGUGGCUUCAACAGCAGUAAUCCCCUCAUCAUCAUCACUCACGGGUGGUCGGUGGACGGUAUGAUGGAGAGCUGGGUGCUCAGGUUAGCCACGGCUCUAAAGGCAAAUCUCGGAGACGUAAAUGUGGUGAUCACCGACUGGCUGACUCUGGCUCACCAGCACUACCCCACAGCAGUGCAGAGCACCCGCACGGUUGGAAAAGACAUAGCUCACCUACUCAAUUCACUUCAGGACCGGUACCAGUACCCAGCUAAAAAAGCUCAUUUGAUUGGCUACAGCCUUGGCGCUCAUAUCUCCGGAUUUGCUGGCAGCUAUCUGGAAGGUUCAGAGAAGAUCGGAAGAAUUACUGGCCUCGAUCCAGCAGGGCCGCUGUUCGAAGGCAUGUCUCCCACAGACAGACUGUCUCCUGAUGAUGCAGAGUUUGUGGACGCCAUCCACACCUUCACCCACGAACGCAUGGGCCUCAGCGUGGGCAUCAAGCAAGCUGUGGCACAUUAUGACUUUUACCCCAACGGAGGAGAUUUCCAACCGGGAUGCGACCUACAAAACAUUUACGAGCACAUAAGCGAGUAUGGGCUCCUCGGUUUCGAGCAAACUGUGAAAUGUGCUCACGAGCGGUCCGUGCAUCUCUUCAUCGACUCUCUGCUCAAUAAAGACAAACAGAGCAUGGCCUACAGGUGCAGCGACAACCGCGCUUUCGUCAAAGGUGUGUGUCUGGACUGUCGGAAGAAUCGCUGCAACACUCUGGGCUACAACAUCAAGAAGGUCCGCACAGGCACCAGCAAGAGGCUCUACCUGAAGACACGAUCUCGGAUGCCGUACAAACUCUACCAUUACCAGUUCAGGAUCCAGUUCAUCAAUCAGACGGAGAGGAUGGAGCCCUCUCUCACCAUCUCCCUCACUGGGACAAAGGAAGAGAGUGGAGACCUCACCAUCACUUUCAAUGAAAUGAUCUCAGGUAACACAACGUUCACCUUCCUGAUCACCCUGGACAAAGACUUGGGGGAGCUGAUGUUGCUCAAGUUGCGCUGGGAGGGAUCGGCUCUGUGGAAAAACGUGUGGAACCGGGUGCAGACCAUCAUUCCCUGGGGCGGACGGGGGAGGAAACAGCCCCAUCUGAAUCUGGGCAAAAUCAGCGUCAAGGCGGGCGAGACGCAGGACAGGACGUCUUUCUGUGCCAUGGCAAAUGAUGGACAACAUGUCGAAGUGUCCCAAGAUAAAGUCUUCGUGCGCUGUAAAGAGAAUGUGCCGAAACAGCGCAGGAGAAAACACAACUAACAGACUCACGCAGGCUGCUUAACCCCCUUCAACAAACUGAAGAUCUCAGAUGAAAUCCCGGAGGGUCACAACUGGAGGAAAUCCUCACUCCCCAGGAGAGAGAAUGGUGUAAGAGUUGUGGAAAAUCAGGUUAGAAACAACAAGCAGAUCACCAGAACAGUCCAGAUUCACCUCUGUCUAAACAACGAUAAAACAGCUGUACGUUUGCCCAAGCAAAUAUUAACCAGAAAACGAAAAACAAAGAAGUUCAGAAGUUCAGUGACACUUUGGUGACGUUAACGCAAACAGAUGUGACUUUGUGUCUUUCAUUUAAAAUGAUGGAUGUAACAAUUCAAAUAAACCACAUCAGUACGGCCAGUAGCAAAAACACACAUAUUGAUCAAACCACAGCAAUAAAUAGUGUUCUUUUUUUUCUUUC